UGAGGUGGUGCUAUACGAGGGAAAGAUGGCCUGAUUUGGCGUUUCCCUUUUCUUAGUCCGGUUCGCCCUCUUUGGGGGGCAUGUGUUUUAUUAGUCCUCUUCUGGGUCUGGCCAGGUCUGGAUCUCAGCUGGGAAAGCUACAGGGAAAAGCAGCCGGAAUAUGCCCGAGUUGCUUGGCCGGUAUCGAUUUUCACACUACGGUGGCUAUGGAGGUGGGGAGGGGUUCAAGGAGAUGUACUGGUAACACGGCUCACGCCGGAGCGGCUGGCGUACUCAUUUCAAUCUGUUCUCUCAGGCAGGUAUUAUGUACUGUACAGUUACUGUUUGUCUUGCGGUAAUCUAGCCCAGGCAAAAUUGAGAGUUAUCACCGAGAACGCAACAAAAACAAACAUGAAGCCUGAAAAGCUCGAUUCCGGCAACCCGAUUUGCAACCUUUCUAGCAAUGCAUUAAAUUGACCCUUAAACUACCCCCAUA